CGCGAUCUGGCCUCCGGGGGGAAACUAGAGAACUUAAGAUAAAGGGUCUACCUGGAACCGGGAAACUGGAGGAAAUGGCCAGUCAAUCCCAGGGUAUCCAGCAGCUCCUGCAAGCAGAGAAACGGGCGGCUGAGAAGGUGGCAGAUGCCAGAAAGAGGAAGGCGCGGCGUCUGAAGCAGGCAAAGGAAGAGGCACAGAUGGAAGUGGAACAGUACCGGCGGGAGCGAGAGCUGGAAUUCCAGAGCAAACAGCAGGCGGCCAUGGGCUCCCAGGGAAACCUGUCCGCAGAAGUGGAGCAGGCUACCAGGCGCCAGGUGCAGGGCAUGCAGAGCUCCCAGCAGAAAAAUCGAGAACUCGUCCUGGCCCAGCUUCUUGGCAUGGUCUGUGAUGUCAGGCCCCAGGUCCACCCCAACUACAGGAUUGCUGCCUAGGACAAACCCUAGCGCCUAACUCCUCCUCAAAAGAAAUCCCCAAAUCAGAAUCGCCUCCCAUCCUAAUCCUACUUUCCUUUUCCAUUCCCUAGAAAUUCUAGGAGGCAGGACCCAAUAAUUCUCCUGUGAAAUAUAGAUGUCCUGCUCAGACCCGAAUCUCCUUAUUGUUUUUUAACCUUCAUUGAGACCUUAUAAACUCCCAAGUCACCCUCACCCAACCCCUCUGUGAAAUUUGUAGCAUGAAAAAGCAGGGAUGUAGGAAACAUCCUAACUCCAGAGCCCAGCAGACUUAGAUCCCUCUCCUGACCCUGCUACUAGUUGACAGGCAACCAGAACAAGCUGCUUAACCCGUAGCCUCACUGCCUCCCCUGGAACAACAAUGCCCACCUUUCAGUGUUGCUGCAGUAAUUAGGAAUCAUUCUGUCCAGAGCCUGGCAUGGUUGCUGGCAUGUAAUAGUUAUGAUUUGAUUAAUGGCAACCCCGUGAUAUUAUGUCCACCUGCCAAAACCUAGACACAGCUGUUUCCUCACUUCUGUCUGUGGCCCUAACUCUACUCAUUGAUUCUGUGACCCUAGUAAUUCUCUGAAGAAUUGGUUCUUCCCACCUCUCUUUUCCCAGGCCUUAUGAUCCCUGAAAAGAUAAAAUGAUGAUUUCAUUUAGC